AUGGCCCGUUCCAACAGCGUCAGCAGCGUCAGCAGCGACUCCUCGAUCCUGUCACGCGCCUCAUCCGCCGGAGCCGUUGAGACCAUGCAGAUCUUCGUCAAGACAGUGGCGGGCGACACCUUUCCCAUCACCGUCCCGCAAACAACCUCAAUUGCCAAUCUUCGCAAAGUCCUCGCCCUCCGAACCAACAUGCCCGAAACCGACCUCCGCAUAGUCUACGCCGGCAAACAUCUCUUACCCUCCUCCACCCUCCUGUCGUCCAAUGUGACUCGCGAAAGCACCCUACGCAUGGCCUUGCCUAUUCGUGGCGGCGCACCCAAGAAGAUUCGAUGCGGAGCCAAAGACUGCAAGGACGCCGCACAACGUAUCGUGGGCGACUGCGGGUUCUGUCAGGGGCAUUUCUGCGGGAAGCACAGGAUGUUGGAGUCGCACAACUGCUCGGGAUUGGAGAAUUGCAAGCAGGAGGAGAAGGAUCGAAAUGCGCAGAAGUUGCAGCAGGAGCGGACGGCGCAGGUUGGGAAGGUGCUGUAG